AUGGAAAAACCUAUUGAACGGCUUAUUGAAUUUAUAGAGUGUGAGGAGAUCACUGGGAUGGCCAUUUGUGAAUCCAUUAUCUCGUGUAUGAAUGCAGUUGGUCUGGAUCCGAGUUAUUGUCGUUCCCAAACAAUGGAUGGUGCUGGAAAUAUGGCCGGUAAACAUUCCGGUUGUGCAUCACGAUUUAAAAACCAGUAUCCCCUAGCUGUAUAUCAUUACUGUAGCUGUCAUGAUCUGAAUCUCGCCAUCAGUAAAAGUUGUUCGUUGAAAGAAGUGCAGAUAUGCUUAGACACACUAAAGAAGCUGGGUAUAUUCUUUAAAUAUUCACCAAAGCGCACACGAAGGCUGGAAAAGGCUUUUGAUGAAGUCAACGAAGAGAGAACUGAAAACAAAAUUGACAGGAAGAAGUUUAAAGUGUUUUCAGAGACCAGAUGGGUUGAGAAACACAACACCCUGCAAACAUUUCAAGAUAUGUAUAAGCCAAUUUUGCUCUGUUUAGAAGCGAUUUCGUUAAGAGAAAGAAACUGGGAUUCAAAGGCGGUUGUGGAAGCAAAUGGUCUUCUAGCGAAAUUGUCAGAUCCACAAUUUAUUGCCUCAUUUCAAACAAUCCGGAAUUUCUUUGGAUACAUGUCUAGACUCAGCAAGAAAUUACAGGGAAGCACCUUGGAUGUGUUGGAGGGAUACAGAAUGGUGGCACAUGUGCGCGAAGUAAUAUCAGGCUUGAGGUUGAACAAUGAGGAGUAUGACAGUGUAUACGAAAGGAUGGAGGAGAUGGCUCGAUUAGCAGAUGGUGCCAUGACUGUCCCUCGUCAAUGCUUGAGGCAAACUGAAAGAAGCAACGUUCCUGCGUCAUCAGCAAAAGAGUAUUUCAAGCGAAAUACCUACAUUCCCUAUUUGGAUUCUUUAAUCCAACAGCUCGACCUUCGGUUUUCAACCUUGGCUCAACAAAGUGCACAAGCAUUGUGUCUGGUGCCUUCAAAUCUCUCUCGUCUAAACCAGGAAGUUUUACAUGCUAUAGAAGCCAGCUUUGGACCGGACAUGCCAGACCGAUCUUCAUUUCCACAAGAGCUGAACUUAUGGAAGCAAAUAUGGAGCCGUCAAACUGAUCCUCCAGACACGCUUUCAGGCACACUACUGGACGACAGAACAUGCCGGACAAUGUUCCCGAAUGUCACCAAAGUUAUCCAUCUGUUACUUUUGACGUCUGUAACCUCAAGUUCUGUGGAGCGUGCCAAUUCGUCUUUACGCUUCAUUAAGAGCUAUCUACGCACUACGAUGGGUGGGGAGCCAUUCAACGCCCUUAUGCUUUUAUUUAUACAUAGGGACAUCCAGGUUGACAUUAGUAAAAUCAUUGAUAUUUUUGUUUCACGGAAUCCAAGACGUAUGCUGCUUGAAAACCCCACUGGUGAUUAA